GUAUUCAAGAAAUGGACAGAUAUCUCGUGGAAUGACCGAUUUACAGGCAUGCUCUAUCAAUAAAUAAAUUAACGAUCAAUAAAUAACGAGCGUAGCCAGACACAAGCCUCGUCGAACAACGAGACAAAGAAACGAAUAAACUUGGAUUUUAAACGUACGGAACACAGCGUAACUUUCGUUAUCUACUACUUUUGCAUGGGUGGAGGUUCGCAGAAAGAUUCCUCAGGGUACGCGUGAUUAUAGCCGAAGAACAAUCAUGCAGUAUACUCCGCGACACUAGCUGAUUAACACACACUUAGAGAUACACGAGACGUCUACCAAAAUCUGUCAAAGGACAAUAUUCCUAUGAAUAAACAUCGUGACGCGAGACUUCCUGUAAAAUCAAUGGAAUUAUAGGUAUUUUCACAGAAAACGGUAUACCUCAACACGAUUCCAAGAAACGUUCGACUAUUUUUACAUCGCGUGUGCAUAAUUCCUUCAUUCCAUUUAACUGGCGGAGUAUCGUAACCUGUGAGGGAAAGAAAUCGACGAAAUGGCCAAUAAAAAAGAACUGAUAUCAUGCCGGGACGUGCUUUGGUAUCUUGUUUUCUGCGGUUUCGCUAUAAAUUAUAUGCUGCGGAUCAACUUGAAUCUGACGAUAGUAGCGAUGGUAAUACCUCGUCCAAAGCUGGCAACAAAUUCUCAAUGUGACAUCGAAAAUCUACGAUUAUACAAUAAAACAGACGAUAGUAACAACACACUUGAGACUACAAUAUCCACUACAUCACACUCGGAGCGAGAUAUUAUUGACGAUGAUCGAUUUGCUUGGACCGAGCAUCAGCAAGGCUUAGCUUUGGGAGCUUACUACUGGUUGCAUUGGACGUCGCAACUUCCUGGAGGGCUUCUAGCAAGACGUUAUGGUACAAAACUUGUUUACGGCUUAGGAAAUCUCUUAACAGCGAUUCUUGGCUUCUUUAUUCCGUUUAUGACCCAUUACCACCUUUAUGCUCUUGUGACAUUACGGGCUCUCCAGGGCCUGGUCGCGGGUGUUAUAUGGCCUUCUAUGCAUGACAUGACCGCCAAAUGGAUUCCUCAGAAUGAGAGAAGCAAAUUUGUUAGUUCCUAUUUGGGUAGUUCUGUCGGUGCUGCUAUAACUUACCCCCUUUGCGCAGUUGUUAGUAAUACAUUCGGUUGGGGCACUGCAUUUUAUAUAACAUCAUUACUUGGAGUCAUUUGGUACUGUUUCUGGCUAUUCCUCAUACACGACUCACCUCAGCAACAUCCUCGAAUAUCUGACGAAGAGAAAAAAUAUAUUUUGGAACAUCUUGGUAGUUCGAUCGACGAAAAACAAACUGUUAUACCUUGGAAACAUAUACUGACAUCUGGUCCAGUUUGGAUUACAAUCGUAGCUCACUGGAGUGGAGCGUGGGGUUUUCUCACCCUAAUGACUCAAGCUCCAACUUACUUUAACUUCAUUCACGGAUGGAAUAUCAAUGCGACUGGACUUUUGUCUGGAGCCCCGCAUAUACUAAGAAUGAUUUUCUCGUAUUAUUACUCGAUCAUGAGCGACUGGCUCAUACGUACCAACAAAAUGAGUUUAACCAACGUUAGAAAACUAGCUUUGUUCGUAUGUACUGGUUUGCACGGGAUUUUCAUCUUAGCUUUGGGCUAUAGCGGAUGUCAUCCGACGCUCGCGGUAGUUUUCAUGAUGGCGGGAACAACUGUAACUGGUGCGAUUUCCGCUGGUCCCUUGGCGACCUUUGUGGAUAUGAGUCCAAAUUAUGCUAGUAUUCUUCUUGGAUUUUGUGGAAUGAUAGUAAUAGCCUCUGGAUUCAUUUCACCAGCAGUGGUUGGUAUUUUGACGAACAAUAAUCAAACUGUAUCGCAAUGGCGAUUAGUUUUCAUCAUAGCUGCUGUUAAUUCUAUCGUCGGGACUAUUAUAUGCUUGAUAUUUGGAACAUCAAAAGAACAACCAUGGAAUAAGUAUGGUAAGUCAAACAAGCAAAAUGCGCAAGAAAUGCAGAAAUUGACAGUGACGCCAUUUAUAAAAAUCGAAGAGGAAAAUCAGAAAAAGGAUACGACCGAAAAAGAUGGAAUGGUUACGGAUGAACAAGGGAAAUAAAUACACAUGUGUCUGAGUUAUUUGUAAAAUGAAAUAAAAUACAACAUGUGUUCACGACUAACGAUAAUAACAAUAACGUUUACCUCGGUUUUUCGUGAUUUGCAGUUGAAGGAAUUACCAACUGAAAGAAUUCUGAUGAGAAGAGAAAUUAGAGAAAAAAAUGAAAGGGAAACGUAUUGCUCAAAAUUUCAUAUCUCUCAAUUAUUAGAAGACUGAUCAAAUGUCGCGUAUCAUAAUAAAUUACAGAUCAUGCUCUAAUUUUGAAUAUCAAUGUACUCUAAUCAAGAAUUUCACAUUAAUUUCAUCGAAUUCAUAGAAAAAUCUAGUGUUUUAUAUUUUGCUUAAUAAAUUUAAAUUACUGUGUCUUCCUAAUAUCUUUACAAGCUGUUAAAUGUGAAAAAUUAUAAUAGUUCACAUAUUUCCACAUAAAAAUGUUGAACGAUUUAGUCUACUAAAACAAUUUAACAUUAAGUAUAAAAAUAAAUUAUUUAACAGGUUGAUUUUAUUGUCUAAACACAUCAACUCUGAGUAUAUAGUAUAUUGCACGAAAAUUGAAAUUCUUAAUAUAAAAAAUAGAAAGAAAUGUGUGGGAAAAAGAAAGACAAACAGCAAUUGAUCAUGUGAAAUACUUGCUGUAUAUGUGAUUUUUUGAUAGUCUACACAAAAGUAAAUAGUUUCUUUGUUUCAUUAAAAUGAAGUAAAAUUAAGUAACAGGACUUCUGAAACUAUUGCAACUGUUUGUAUUCUAAUAACAACAUGUAUGAGCGCGAUAAAAAUACAUGAAAUUUCAUUGUAAAUAAAUAACAAUUCAAUUGAA